AUGGCUUCUCAUCAGUUUUUUCCAACCUUUCUAUUCUCUCUCUGUAUUCUUCAAUCCAUUUCAGGUGGGAAUUCAGCGACGUUCACAAUUACAAACAAGUGCAGCAACACAAUUUGGCCGGGCAUUCUAUCAAAUGCCGGGACGGACCAGCUUCCAACCACCGGCUUCGCUCUCAACUCCGGGGAGUCCAACACCUUCUCCGUUCCUACUUCCUGGUCGGGUCGGUUAUGGGGGCGGACUCUAUGCUCCCAAGACCCGACCACGGACAAGUUCACUUGCCUAACCGGUGACUGUGGAUCAUCUGCGGUCGAAUGCGCCGGUGGUGGGGCCGCCCCGCCAGCGACUCUAGCCGAAUUCACGCUGAACGGGGCUGGCGGGCUAGACUUCUAUGACGUCAGCUUCGUCGACGGUUAUAACCUCCCCAUGACGGUGGUGCCUGAGGGUGGGACCGGAGGGAACUGCACGACCACCGGGUGCGGGGUGGACUUGAACUCCGGGUGUCCGUCGGAGCUCAAGGUGACGGCGAGUGACGAGGGCGUGGCGUGUAAAAGCGCCUGUGAGGCGUUUGGGGACCCACAGUACUGUUGUAGUGGGGCCUACGCGACUCCAGACACAUGUAAACCCAGUUCUUAUUCGCAGUUUUUUAAGAAUGCGUGCCCGAAAGCUUACAGCUAUGCUUAUGAUGACGGCACCAGCACCUUCACUUGCGCCUCCGCCAAUUAUCUCAUCACUUUCUGCCCUUCCCCUUCCACCAGUUUGAAGUCAUCAAAUGGGCAAUACCCAGUGGCGGCCGGUGUCUCAACAAGUUCACGCAAUACGACACCGAGCUUCGUCGUUUUUGGCGUCAUUGUUUUGGCGGCAGCUUGGCGGUUGCGCCAACUAUUUUGA